AUGUACUUCCUCCUGCUAUCCCUGCUUAUUUCACUUGCAACCGCUACAUCAUUAGUCAAAGCACCUUGUAGCAACACCAUUGCCAACAAGUGGAUUGUCAAACUCAAAAACAACGUCGCUACUCGGGCCGCCGAUGGCGUGAAGGCAGCCCUUUCCACAGAGCCUGACUACCAGUAUUCGAUGCCUGGCUUCCGAGGCUUUGCAGGAACUCUAUCUGAUGACGAGGUAGCGUUGCUACAAGCUUCUGAUCAAAUCGAGUAUAUCCAGCAAGACGCUGAGGUUUACACAACGGCACUUGUCAAACAGUUGAAUGCUACGUGGGGAAUUUCUCGUCUCUCGCAUAUAAAGCCUGGCGAAACCACAUAUCUCUAUGAUUCCAGUGCAGGAGAAGGAACUUGUGCUUAUGUGAUUGAUACAGGCGUCGACAUUACGCAUCCCGAGUUUCAAGGGCGCGCCUUCUUUCUGGCAGACUUCACUCAUGAAGGUAAUUUUAUAGAUGGUUAUGGUCAUGGAACGCACGUCGCUGGAACAAUUGGGUCUGCGACCUGGGGCGUAGCGAAGAAGACUAUAAUCUUUGCUGUGCGAGUACUCGACUCUAAUGGCUGGGGAACGAACGCUGAUGUGGUUGCGGGUCUGGAGUUCAUCCUUCGAGAUGCAAGAGAGCGUAGGGGAACGGAUCAGUGUCGCAAUGGGUUUGUUGUCAAUAUCAGCUUGGGAAGUGAAAAGCUUCCAGCUUUGAACGAUGCUGCCGCAGCUAUGGUUGCAGAGGAUCUCUUUCUAGGAGUUGCCGCAGGUAACGACGGCGUGCCAGCUGAUGAUUUCUCUCCAGGGUCUGAGCCUUCGGUCUGCACUGUAGGAGCAACGGCGGCGAACAAUACACUUACCCAGUGGUCCAAUCAUGGUCCUCGGAUCGAUAUUCUGGCUCCUGGCCUAGACAUCACUAGCACUCUUCCCAAUGGUGCGGCUGCCUCGUUUUCGGGUACAAGUAUGGCAGCUCCGCAUGUUGUUGGCCUUGCAGCGUAUUUGCUUGGACUCGGGUCACCAGCAAAGAAUCUCUGUGGUACAAUCGCUGCCUUGGCGAUCAAAAAUGCGAUCGAUCAAGACACGCUUCCAAAAGGGACACCGAACCUGUUGGCGUUCAAUGUAGCCCAGCCAGCCAGAAGCGUAUGA